AAUCAAAAACACCACACACACACUCACACUCACUCUAGGGUUAGGGUUUGGUUGCAUCAAUGGCUUCCACUUCCUCUUAUCCAAGCAAAGCCGAAGUUGGUGGCGGUGGCAGUGACCGUGCCGAGAUUUCGGAAGCAGCGGUGGCGAACGAUGAGCUAUUACUAUACAGGGGAUUUAAGAAAGCGAAGAAAGAGAGAGGAAGCACUGCGAAGGAGCGCAUCAGUAAGAUGCCACCUUGUGCUGCCGGCAAACGCAGUUCCAUAUACCGCGGCGUCACCAGGCAUAGAUGGACUGGUCGUUAUGAAGCACAUCUUUGGGAUAAAAGUACAUGGAACCAGAAUCAGAAUAAGAAAGGAAAGCAAGUUUACUUGGGGGCAUAUGAUGAUGAAGAGGCUGCAGCUAGAGCAUAUGACCUUGCUGCUCUGAAAUACUGGGGUCCGGGUGCUCUUAUAAACUUUCCAGUGACUGAUUAUGCAAGAGAUCUUGAAGAAAUGCAGAAUAUUUCAAGAGAGGAAUACCUUGCAUCUUUGCGGCGGUAUGCUUUGUGCAGGAAGAGCAGCGGUUUUUCUAGAGGAGUAUCCAAAUAUCGGGGACUCUCUAGCCAAUGGGAGCCAUCAUAUGGUCGUGUGGCUGGAUCUAACUACUUCAAUAGUAUAUAUUAUGGUGAUGAUGAUUCAGCUGCAGAAACUGAAUCUGUAAGUGGUUUCUGCAUAGAAAGAAAGAUUGAUUUGACAAGUUACAUCAAGUGGUGGGGGUCUAAUAAAAGUCGACAACCUGAUGCCGGAACAAGAUUAUCAGAUGAAAAAAAGCAUGGUCUUGCUGGUGAUAUUUUCUGUGAAAUCAAAGCAUUGGAAAAUAACGUCCAACCUUCAGAACCAUACCAAUUGCCAGAGUUAGGCAUGCCCCAUGACAAGAAAAAACAUAAACGCUCUUCUGUCUCUGCUUUAAGUAUCUUGUCACAAUCAGCUGCUUACAAGAACUUGCAAGAGAAAGCAUCAAAGAAACAGGAAACUUGCCAUGAUAAUGACGAGAAUGAAAAUAAGAAUACCAUCAAUAAGUUGGACCAUGGUAAGGCAGCUGAGAAAUCAUCCAAUCAUGAUGGUGGCAAUGAAAGACUUGACAUUGCAAUGGGAAUGAGUGGAUCACUACCACUUCAAAGAAAUGUUUAUCCACUGACUCCAUUAUUGUCUUCACCACUUUUUACAGCCUACAGUACUGUUGAUCCCUUGGUAGAUCCUGUUAUCUGGACGCCUCUUGUUCCUGUACUUCCUGCUGGCCCUUCCCGUAUGACUGAGGUUACAAAGACUGAGACCAGUUCAACGUACAGCAUUUUUCAGCCAGAGGAGUGAUUGGACAUUUGAACAAAAAAUCAAGCGUCUUAAGAGCUGAGCUUGAACCAAACAACAGGCAAAAGCGUUUCAAGUGCUCAGCUAGUCUGAGAAAAUGAACCCAUACCUUGAGUUUUGCUAGCUUGUAUUAUAUUAUAUGGGUUUUAUACAUCAGAAAAGAAAAGAAAAUAUUAUUGUUGUUUUGCAAUGAUGAUAUUUAUAGGAUUUAGCAUAAAUCUUUUCAAGCUAUAUCUGUCUACAUGUAUCAGUUGAUAUCUCUAUCAUGUAUAUGUGCUG